CAAUACGGGGCGAGAACGUCAGUUACACAGUAUUUUCGUUUCGUGCAGGACGACGCAGCCGCGCGGCGUAGAAAAGAAAAAAGCAUUAUUUUACUCCACUGCUUUACUAGUGUAAAAACAGUCUGCGUACUUACAUCGGCCGAAACGAACCAAAAAACCCUUUUGCGCCAUAACCCAGCAGUAGUGUGUUUAUUUAGUUUUAAUAUUUCCUCCCCCCGUGUGUGUGUGUUUUUUUGUGGUGGUUUCUGCGUUCUGAUUUGUUUUGUGCAACCCAGAAUCCCAACCACCAUCGGUUUUUUUUGUUGUUUGCGUUUCGUUCCGGGUGCUGCCGUCCAACUGUUGAAUCACCACUGCUAAUUUCGGCACGGUUUUCGCCACCGCUAAUAUCACAAAAAUCAGCCAAAUCCCCACCGGACAUAAUCAUGGCCGAUAACGUAAACAAACGCAACAUCCCAAUCAAACUCGGCGACUUCAGCGUGAUUGAUACGGAGUUUUCCAGCAUUCGCGAACGGUUCGACUCGGAGAUGAAGAAGAUGGAGGAGGAGAUGGCACGAUUCCGCUCGGAUCUUAUGAACCGCGAACCAAACUUCUUCGAGACAACAUCCAGCUUCUCCUCCAAGAAGGUUGCCACCUCGUCCAGCUCGACCACCUCAAACGCCGCUACCUCAAUGAAGCUCCCACAAUCUCAGAGCGGUUCGGACAUUUGCUCGCCGCUGAUUCAGGAUGAUGGUGACGGUAAGGUGCUGAAGCUGCGCUUCGACGUUAGCCAGUACGCACCGGAAGAGAUCGUCGUCAAAACAGUCGACAACAAGCUGCUGGUACAUGCGGAGCACGUGGAAAAAUCCGACACCAAAUCGGUGUACCGGGAAUAUAAUCGUGAAUUUAUGCUGCCGAAAGGAUGCCUACCGGAGAACAUUAAGUCGUCACUCAGCAAGGACGGUGUGCUGACGGUGGACGCACCAAUUCAACCGGAGGCCCUGCUCGGCGGUGAAACGAUGGUACCGAUCGCACACAACUAAUCGUCGAAACGGUGUUCGUAAUCGCGCUAAUUCAGACCCCCCCCCCCCGGCCCAAAAACCACCAAUUUUUUCGACUGCCCCGUGACUAACCGCGGAUGCCCACUCAAACCUAGUCGAAGGGUGAACGCGAUGCGACAAUGGCAACAGGUGCGGCGCGGGCGAGGGUGAAAGGGCGAUCAAUUUUCCCGCGAUUUGCUUUUGUGACGCGUGACACAGCAUUUUGCUACAAAAAGCCAUUUAAUUUAAUUGUCUCCUGUUUACUGUAUAAAUUCAUUGCGCUAACCUACACCACCUUACUGAAAAUGGGAUUUUAAAAUUGUGUCGAUACAGUAAAAUAUUUAUACUCGAACAUCCCGUUUCGAUGGUAUGAUAUUAUAAACUGGUGCUGGUGGUAGAGAGAGAGAGGUGCAAUGCAGGUUUUUAGUUUUGCUUACUGACAAAUUGCCCACAUAUAUGUAACAAGGCUUUGAAACCAUUUAUAGCAAAAAAAUGGUACAUAAUUGGAUAAUUAGCGUGUUUUUCGCGUAUUUUCUUUGUGGUAAUACAACCUCGAAGAUCUUUACUUGCUAAAUGGGUGGCUUUCUUUGACACUUGUAUUUUACCCCUUAGUCUGGAUAGUCAGUACUGGGAAGCAGAUCGCUAGUACAUUAGAAACUGACACGGCCACUAUAAACGCCGCAAAGCCCAUGCAGCAUAAUCUGCUCCCACCAACACAGCGAAAUGAUAUUUGAAUAACAGCUAUUACGAAAACUAGUACAACUUGUGCUGCUAAAACGCAAGACGAUCGUUUUUUUAAUGUAUUACCGCGCUUGCAAUCAAUUAAAUGUUUCACUCUACGCAACAAUCGAAAACUACUUUUUAAUUAUAAAUGCUUUUAAAAUUAUGCAAAACAUUGCUUUUUCUAGAGAUGUUUUCGCUAUAGCAAUAGUUGUUUUUUUUGGUUUGGAGGUGUUUUGUUUUUUUCUUCUUCUCUUCUCUAUUAUAUUUCUGUAAUCGCAAAGAUAUUUCGCUUUAAUAAACGUGCGAAUCGCUAUUAACACAUCACAGUUUUAUUGUAA